UCAAGAUCCAUCCCGGCGUUAUUGAUCAACGCGAGAAAUUUUUUUCAGCAUUUCAAAUCAUUACAGAACAAUCUCAGAAGAAUCCUUUGAAUCGCGCAGCGCAUAUAUAUGUGUAUUAUAUCGCAUACAUAUGCGCGUGAGGCAUCGAGAGGUGGAAUUCCUCGUUAGUAUGGCAAUUUUGUGAGUCAUCGCGCAAACGUAUCGACCCACUCAGUCGUCACUAGUAGUUUUGUUGACAAGUAGCACUAUAUAUCAGGUGAUACAAAGGAUUCCGAUUGCCAUUCAUUAAGUAUUGUUAUUUCAUGUGAGUUUUAUCAGCUCGUCGCCAGAGCAUCAUCGAGUGUCGAGGAUCAGCUGAUACUAUCGUUCGCAGAAAAUUGCUAAUAACGUCGAAAUGGAUGCUGGAUUCUCCUCGUAUCACAAUGGUGGCCCUGCUCGAGAGCAAGAUUUUGGCAAGCUGUCUCAGACUAUUGGUACUUCGAUACUCAAGAUAUCACAGAAUGUGUCUUCCAUGCAGAAGAUGGUCAAUCAGUUGGGCAGCUCCACUGAUUCUCAAGAACUCAGGAAUCAAUUGCAUCAGAUACAGCAUUAUACACAGCAAUUGGCAAAGGACACUAGUGUCCAUCUCCGAGAUUUAGCUGUAUUAGCGAAUAACUCUGGCUCUACGAGUCCUGGAGAACAAAGACAGCGAAAGAUGCAAAGAGAGCGUUUGCAAGAUGAAUUUACAAGCGCAUUGAAUUCUUUCCAAGCUGUACAAAGGCUGGCUGCUUCAAAAGAAAAAGAAAUGGUCAGAAAGGCUAAGGCUAGUGCAGGUAUUGCACCAUUUGGGGAAAAAAAACAGGAGACACUCAUAGAGUUACAAGACAGUAGAACGUAUACAAAUGACCAUCAAAAAUUACAGCAGGACCAACUGCAGGAACAAAUGAAUUUACGAAUGUUGGAAGAGCAAGAAGCUAGUAUAAGACAGUUGGAGAGUAAUAUUAGCGAUAUUAAUCAAAUAUUCAAAGAUCUUGGAGCUUUAGUAUAUGAUCAAGGAGAAGUUAUCGAUUCUAUAGAAGCUUCGGUCGAAAGAACUGAAGUAUCUGUCAGCGAAGGUGCUUCUCAAGUGAGGCAAGCAAGUAUCUAUCAAACUAAAUUGCGUAAAAAGAAAUGUAUUCUCGUGCUGAUAGCAGCAGUCGUAUUAGCGAUUUUGAUCGGAAUUAUAGUUUGGCAAAGCUAAAUAGACAUAAUAGACAUAAAUAUAUACAAAAGUAAACAGUGUACAGCAUGUUGGAGUAUAGCGCUAUAAGAGACUGCUGUUUGUGAAUACAGUCGUAAUUGCAAGAUAUUAGGCUGAUCAAAUUCUUAGGGACGUUCUUAUGUAAUCUUGCUUUACGAGUGUCCAAAAAAUAGCAUCAUUAUUUCAGAUAUAUAUACAAAGAAAUGGAAAUGUGUCUUAUGAAUUGGAUCCUAAUUGUGUUAAUUAUAAGUGCAAAUGCUCCGAUUUGCGAGUGGUUUUAAUGGCAUGUCUAAGAUUGCCACAGUCCAUUUAUAUCUAUUUAUAGUUUCAUUAUAAAAUUUCAAGCAUAAUAACCAAUUACAAUAACAUAUGUAUGCACGCGAGUAUGUGAAGUUAGGUAAUUUAAUGCGAUUAUGAUAUAUUAUAUAACAUAGAUGUGCGCGUGUGUAUGUAUGUAUAUCUAAUACUCUUAUAUGAUGUAAAGUAUGCUUGUUGUUGAUUCGAUUCUCAUUCUGCAAUAUCCUUAGUAUCGAAGUAUGCCUGUUAUCUGAUUGCGAAUUUAACUGUGCAUGUGCUUGUAAAAUAUCUCAAAAGUUAUUUCUAAUUGAAACUCUGAGACGAAUGAUUGAGAGUGCGUGUGUAUGUGUGUUAUAACAUUUUAAGAAAGUCAAAAGAUUUAUGUAAGUUAAUGUAUUAUAUUCAUUUCAAAAAUAUUGAUUUUAGAAAAAAUAUAAUAAACAAUAUGUAGCAAAAAAUUACAAGCACACAAGCUUGCUAUGUCUUGUGUGAAUAUUUUUCUUUCAAUAUUUAAUUUUAUCAUACAUUGAUUAUGUAUCCAUUAACCAAAUA